ACGUCGCUAUGGUAACGGAUACAAUUUAGCACAGAUUAGCAUGUUAGCGGGCGUCUGCCUUCUUUCUCUCUGUUGUUGUUUACUUGCGUUAUAUUAUUGACAUGCGAUGGAGGGGACAGACACGUACCUCAUACGACCUAAUCAUCAGCACAAGUUUAAGGCAGCCAUUGUGAAAGAGUGUAUUCGUGAAAUAGUGAGGGAGCGGCUGUCUGGGAUGCGGUACGACCCCGAGGAAGUCCCAGAGCUGUCCCGAUCACUGGCAGAUUGCAUUAAGGACAAAGUGAAGAAUGCAGGAUUUGACAGAUAUAAGCUUGUUGUGCAGGUGGUCAUUGGAGAACAACGAGGACAAGGAGUCAAGAUGUCGUCAAGGUGUUUGUGGGAUGCUGACACAGACAACUAUGCAGAAGAUGUUUUCAUGAACGACAGCUUGGUCUGUGUGGUGGCGGUUUUUGGAAGCUAUUACUACUGAGAACAAGAGGAUGAAAAGAUGAGAGUUGAACAUCCAAAUGGGACUCCUCAUCGGCAGACCUUCGGGUCCAUGGUGCACUGAUCUGAAGCAACUGUGUGUGGAACUGCUGCUUCUUGAGAUACACACAGAAAAAAAAUCUAGUGUAGAAGUGACGGAUAUCUGCACAGACACUGUAGUCGCUUUAAAAUGAAGGAAUUUACAAGGAUUUUCUGACUUGGAAAGAUGAUUAUUAUAAAGACUGAGGCCUCUUGUAUGGCUAAUAAAAUGUGGAUAAUUUGACAAGUAUCAUGUCAAUUUUUAGUCCUUAAAUGUCACCAAACAAGAAGUCAGGGUGAGUGUGUGAAUCCUGUGUGUUUAGAGGACUGCAGCAGUCGUAGUGCAGUACAGUGCAAAUUUGUACUACACUUCGGGUGCUUGACUUGCACAUCAUCUACAGUAGAGGUCAGUAUUUGUCUGUGAUUGACAACAUCAUGACAGGGAUAAUUAAUAAAAUCCAGCUAUGGUAAUUAUACAGAAAUUGAACAGGAAAUGCUUUGAAUAGAAUUUCAAGCUUGUCACAGCCUUCACAAUCAUAAACUUAAUUCUGCUCACCUCUUCACACACUGCUUUCCAAGGCCCUGAUGAUGAUAUUUUUCUUCCCACCUGCACUCAGAUUAAUCUGUACUUGUUGCCUCCGUUGGUUAGGUUAGUUUUCAUUCUCUCUCUUUCUUCUUAGCUUGGUCUGUAAAGAGUGAAUACAUUGUGCUCAACCAGGGAUGCUCCCCACUUACGCCAGAUCUACCCCUCCUCUCUCUCUCUGUCUGGUUUAAAUGGCUGUCUUUCAAAUUAAUUCUUGAAUUGUUUUGUUAAUAAACAUACGUUUGUCUA